AUGGCACUCUCAUUCGAUCCCUACAGUGAAGACUUCGACGCGGCGUCGCAAAUUUGGGCGGACGUCGUUCCGGUGCACCAGGAUGAUGGGCCCAACCCUCUGUGUCCAAUUAUGUACAGCCCCGAUUGUGAGUGCAUGCACGACCCUGUUGCGUAUCGUGCUGAAUCUCGCUGCGCUGAAGUUGAUCACCGGGCGCUGCCUUCUCCAGACUCGAAAGCCAUGGACCUUCUCAGGGCACUGCUACCCCGCGGCGAGCUGUCACUUCGAGCUCUGCAGUUGACCAAGCAUCUCGCGACGCUCAAUGCUAGCUCAUACACAGUGUGGGCAUGGAGGGCCAAGAUUCUGAGUGCUGACGAUGAUCACUCCCAGGGAGGCUUGGGAGUGAAGGAAGAUAGACUCAGGAGAGAGUUGGAGUGGUUGGAUGACCUUUCGAACAGCAUCAGCCUCAAGAAUUAUCAAGUGUGGUGAGCAGCUCGUGCCCUUGUGCGAUGACGCGGUAUCUUCACUGGUCUCUAAAGUCUCUCUCCCUUUCGUUCAUGCGGUGGUCGGUACACAAUGCAGGCAGCACAGAAGACAGAUCCUAACCAUGCAGCUGCGACCAGAUCUCAGCAAGGAGCUCGCAUUCACGGCCGAGAUCUUCAAGGACGACGCAAAGAACUACCAUACCUGGGCCUAUCGGGCGUGGCUGGUGUCGCACUUCGGUAUGACUCGCGUAGCUGCUGCUGAACAGCCAGCAGCUACGACUUACAUCGAUGAGAUCUGGAAUGCAGAGCUCGCUUUCACCAGCGAAUUGAUUGCAGAUGACGCGAGGAACAACUCUGCCUGGAACCACCGGUGGCUAGUUCUGUUUGGCAGUGCGUGGGCGAGGUCACAAGGAGCCGGGCGAUAUGUAGGUGCAGACCUGGAGCAUGUUGUGACCAAUGAAUCCAAGUAAGUCGACCAUUGGCUUCGAGCAGCAGCUCGUGAGGAGGUGGCUGAAUGCGCUCGAUUGCCCUGUGCGCGGCUGCUCAGCUUCGCUCAAUCACACAUCGCAAGGAUGCCCCACAACCAAAGCGCUUGGACAUACCUGCGAGGGUGAGCAUCGAUGUUCUAGGUGAUAAUCCAGCAGCGCCAGAUUGACAUCAUCUUUACUUUUGGUGACUUUAGCCUGGUCAAAUUGGCACCUUCUAGCAAUGCGUACGCUCCUCAUGCAGAUUUGGCGAGACAAAUGCUCACGCAAGUCAGAAGCUCGCAAGAAGAUACCGGGGCACCCCUCAUCGAAUGCCCGCCCGCGCUGGAGUGGCUUUUGGACGAAGCGACAGCGCGAUUGGAUGUCGCCACAGCGCUCGAUGUGAGUAAGCUGAGCUCGUCUGCUAAAUUCGUGCGCACGGACAUGCUCGACCUUGUCCCGCAAAAUUGACUUUUUGUUCGGUACGCAUCUGCCUCGAUUGCAGCUUCUUUACAGAUUGGCAAAAGCGGAUCCCAUCAGACGCAAAAUGUGGGACUGGAGAGGCAAGAUGAUUCAAAGGAACGCCGCUGGCGGUGUUGGACUGCAGUCUGGGCCGGCGCCUGCCAGGGUCACAGCUAGCUAA